CUUCAUAACUUGUCAGUCCUGUCAUUGUAAACUGAGAUUGCUGACUUCGAUUUUCAAGUCAUAUAGCGAAAAUGAGGACUAUCUUAUAGAUGGAAAACUUGAGGCUAACAUUCGCUCGCAGACUUUGGUUUACCAUUCGAGAGACUCAAAGUGGUGGAUAAAAGAGGUUCACAACUUACAGAAUGAACCGACAGUAAAACAUAGGACCUUGAAAAAGAAACGUUCGCAAAGAAUUCCGAAACUUUGUCAGGCUCAUAGACUACAGUGCCAGAAAACUCGUUUGAAAUCACGGACGGAGUCUUCCAAGUCCUCAACGUCAACAGCAAAACGCCAUAUAUUCUCAAGAUUGUGAACCGGCCCCUCUAUAAGCCCUAUGACACGGAGGUCAUACGCGAAGAGCUCAAAAACCAUGAAAUAUUCCGAGGCACGCCGUGUACGAGCAGCCGGUAUCGCAGUAUCUGCAAACCCUUAUAUGACAUCGAACACAAGGGAUCAACCUCUGAUAGUCACUGGUAUUGUGCUGGAAUUCUACAGUGGUGGCUCUAUCCAGAGAGCCUUGAACAUACAUCGCCCGCUUGGAUAUUCCUGGAAACGGUGGCCAAAACAAAUUGCUACUGCAUUAGGCCGUUUCCACAUGGCCGGAAAAACUCCCAUGGAUAUCAAGCCUUCGAACGUUGUUCUGGAUGCGGAUGGAAAUGCAGUGCUUAUCGACAUCAGUGGCAUUGGUGGAAUCACACAGGGGUGGCGUGCCCCGGAGAUCCGAGACGGAAUAUCACUUAGCGAAUUCCCGUAUGAGGUGCGUAAAUCGAAUGACACUUGGGCUUACGGAAAGUUUCUGUCAGAACUAUUCUACAUGUAGAAGACAGCCCUACUGCGAAGACACUGGAGCGGAUUGCUGGUUGCCUAAUGGUAGAAAAUGUGCAUGCACGCAUCACUUUGUUUGAAGCCAUCACGGAACUGGAGCUUUCCGGUAUUGACAACAUUGAGGGCUCAUGCAAGGAGGAACAAUCCAACUAGAGCGAUCACAAAAUAUUGUUUCUCCUUAAUAUCCUUGCCUUGAUUUGCUUCAAUAAUCAUCUUCUUCGUCGAAUCCGCCACCUGUUCUGGGACCUUCACGAACGGCCAGAAAGCAUUCGGAAUGUUAUGGCCAUAGAAACCUAGCCCCUACCUGGACCUUCCCUCUUUAAAUUUGGUUAUUGUCACAGCCACUGAUGCCACUGUUCGGCGAACUGCUGGUAGAGGCGUGCUUGCCUAACGAUAUGAUUUUACGAUGAUAGAGAUCCUGAGCCCAACAAGGUAUCUUUUGCAGCCGCAUGGUCCGUUUCCCGUCAGCUCGGUGUUUCCGCCUCACUGGAGGAGGCCAUCCAUCAACAGACAGCGAUAGAGCCAUAUGAUUGUUAGGCAGGAGUUGUUGAUUCGGCGGUAGAUGGCUAGAAAAUUUGGGUACACCUACACCCGAGCCGUUUAUCCCUGCCUUUAUCGGAAUCGCAACCAACACGAUCAUGGUAGUAGCCAAUUGACUUUGAAAUUUGAUAUGGCAGGCCUGCAGAGUCUACGCCAAACUGAGGGUAGAGGACCGUGCGGCUCCGGAAAACUGCCUGUUGGUUUGAAUAUUUAUAUCGCCAUUGAGCCAGAGCUCAUCCACCCACGGCGCAGUUGCCUGCAUCCGGUGUUCAAGAUGUCGAUGUGGCGAUGAAUUUACCGAGUAUUCCUACCAGCCUGG